ACCUCAUCAUAGGUGGUGGUUUUAUCAACUGUUAACUGCCAUGCAUUCCUCUCCGUUAUCUUUUAUGCUGUCUUCUUUAAUCUUAAGUUAAGCGUCAAAUCUCCGCAUCUCCGCCCGGUGUCCAACACUUAAAAGGUGGUGGUGGCCGGAAACUUGGAUAAUUAGCUAUGGGAACCGCUACGCGCCGCCGUGUGUUGGCGUUUGCGGUGUUGCUGCUGAGCAUUAUGGAGAUGGGGAAUGUGGAAGGGAGGCAUCACAUUUCCAAGAAGCAGAAGAACAAGAAGCCUAAGCCUAGGCCGGAAAGUGACCCUGUUCCGUCACCUCCGGUUUACUCUCCGCCGCCCGGCGGCGUAGUCCCCUCCGACCCUGUUCCCCCGGCGCCGGGGAAUGCCGCACCGGCGCCGUCGGACGAUUCGGGUCCCUGCAUUUUCGACGUCACGGAUUACGGCGCCGUCGGCGACGGCUCCAGCGACGACACGGCGGCGUUCGUGGCGGCCUGGAAGGCCGCCUGCCAGGUCGAGUCGGCCGUCGUUUGGGCGCCGCCGGACCACACCUUCAUGAUCACUUCAACCAUUUUCUCCGGUCCCUGCCAGUCCGGGCUCAUCUUCCAAGUGGACGGAAUUCUAACGCCGCCGGACGGCCCGGAGUGCUGGCCUAAAGAGGACAGCGCAAAACAGUGGCUAGUGUUUUACAGGCUUGAUGAUAUGACUCUGAACGGUACCGGAACCAUUGAAGGAAACGGACAAAAAUGGUGGGAUCUCCCCUGCAAACCUCACAAGGGGCCUAAUGGAUCGACACUGCCAGGGCCAUGUGACAGCCCUGUGCUAAUUCGAUUUUUCAUGAGCUCCAAUCUGGUGGUCAAGGGUCUACGCAUCCAAAACAGUCCUCAGUUCCACAUCAAAUUCGAUGGUUGCCAGGGCGUAGAAAUCCAUGAAUUGUCCAUCAACUCCCCCAAGCUUAGCCCCAACACCGAUGGCAUUCACGUUCAGGACACCAAACAUGUCAAAAUCUACAACUCUGUCAUAGCCAAUGGUGAUGAUUGCAUUUCAAUAGGCCCGGGAUGUGCCAACGUUGAGAUUGAUGCGGUCACAUGUGGACCUAGUCAUGGAAUCAGCAUCGGAAGCCUAGGAGUCCACAACUCCCAAGCCUGCGUGUCCAACAUAACGGUAACCAACGCCGUGAUAAAAGACUCCGACAACGGGCUGAGGAUCAAGACGUGGCAGGGCGGCACGGGCUCCGUCACCGGAAUCAGCUUCGACACCGUCCAGAUGGAAAACGUGCGCAACUGCGUCAUCAUCGACCAGUACUACUGCCUCAGCAAGGACUGCCGGAACCAGACCUCCGCCGUCUACGUCGCCGACAUCUCCUUCCGCAACAUCAAGGGCACCUACGACGUCCGGAGCCCGCCGAUUCACUUCGCCUGCAGCGACACCGUCGCCUGCACCGGCAUACUCAUGUCGGAGGUCGAGCUCCUCCCGUUCGAAGGCGAAUUAGUCGACGACCCUUUCUGCUGGAACACUUAUGGGGUCCAGGAGACGCUCACUAUACCGCCGAUCGACUGCUUGCUCGACGGCAUGCCCAAGUCUAUAUCAGAAGCAGAAUAUAGUUGUACCUUGUGAUCUAGUGACAUCAAGUUACUAUUGUGGGAUUUAAGCCACAAAUAGUAAUAGAGUCAGUAAUAUUAAAAAUAUAUAUACAUAUAUUAAUAUAUAUAGAUAGUAUAUGUUUAUGGAUGAUAUGUAGAUGAAUUUUGUAGGUAUUGGGUGUUGGGUUUAGGCUCCAUCCCAGUGGGAUUCAUUUCAAUUCCCUUAUUGUGUGAUGUGAUCUCUAUGAACCAUGUAAUACACAUAUUUAUAAAUAUGCUCUUUUCUGGACACCUUUUCCAA